CGUUUCCUCGUACUACGGCUACGCACACUGCCGCCGCCGCCUCCAACUCCGGCGCCGGGGAGAGGAGGGGGAGAGGGAGCGCGGGGAUGAGCGGCAUCGUCGACGAGGACUGGGAGGACGUGACCUUCCUCGACGAGCUCUUUCGCGCCACGGACGACGCCAUCGCCUCCCGCAACCCUAACCCCACUCCCACUCCCGCUCCCACGCCCGUCCCCAUCUCAUACCUCCCGCCCGCCACCCCCAUCUCGCACCUCCCGCCCGCUACCCCCAUCUCGCACCUCCCCGCCGCUUCCGCCUCCUCCUCCACCUCCACCUCCACCUCAGUUUCGUAUCUCGCCGCUGCUUCCGCCCCGGUCUCGUACCUCCCCGCCGCGUCGUACCCCUCUCCGGCGCUCCGCUUCUCCCCUCCGCGGGAGCUCACCCAGCGCCCGCCGCUCCCCCGGCCGUCCGACGCGUCCAGCGAUGGGGAGGCAAUGGCUAUGGUCGGACGCGGGUUCUCCCCUCCGCGCGAGCUCUCGCAGCGCCCGGCGCCCGAGAAGACCGACCUCACCACCGCCGCUUCGUCGGGUCCCGCGGGCGGCCGCGUGAGCGCGAAGGAGGAGAGGGAAACGAGGGAGCUCGAGAGGCUCAAGAGGGAGCUGAGCCGUGUCUCCAAGCAAGUUAAUGACUUGAAAAAUGAAUGCACUGAGCUGAGGAAGGACAGAACAAAGAAAGAUAUUCAAAUCAAGGCUAAAGAAGUGGAGAUUGAAAAUCUGAAAAAAGCAAAUGUCAGCUUUGCCAACAAAGAUGUUUGCGGUGCGGGGAUGGAUAUUGAUCAGUCCUUUCAUGCCCCUGCAAAUGGGGCUUUGCAUGCUGGUGGUUCUUCUUGGGCAUCCACCAGGCGAACAGACAAGACGAAUGGCAAAGAUAACGAUGCCAAUUCCUUGCAAGUUGAUCUGUAUUUGAAGCAUGGGGAUCAAACUGAUUUACCUGAGGCCAUGGAACUGAGGCGACGCACCAUGAUCGAUAAUGGAAUAAGUACAUCUGGGGUAUUGUCACUGGAGGAAAAUACCCAUUUUGAACCAAGAAGCAUUAUGUGCAAGGAAAUUAAGGCGAUAGGAGUCCAGACAGAUAGUACAUCUGACAGUGGACAUCUUGAGUGCAAAAAAAUAUCGGCUGAGCGUAUCUCUAGCAAUCUACGUGCAAUCUGGGGCAUGCCAACUAACACUUUAUCAAGGAGGAAUCUGAUAUCAAAGAUCAUUGUUUCUUGUUCAGAAGAAAUUUUGUCACUUCUCAAAUCUACCAGAUUGACAGACAACUGUCAAACUUCUUCUGAAGCAAGCUCCUCCAUGAAUGAAGCUAUUUCCCAAGUAUAUGACAUGUUCACUAAGCAGAUGAAUAAUGAGAAGAUAACAAUACAGACUUUCCUUGAAGCGUUGCUAAAUCUCUGUGCUUUUGAUAAUGCUGCUAUAGUCAGUAGAACUUUGAGGAUAUUGCUCAGUAUAUUGCAACACUUGCUGAAUUAUGGAACCAAGUCUAGUGAAAGGACCAAUGUUUCUGUUGAACCAUAUGCUAACAUGCACAUGGAGGACAAUCACAAAGACAGUUCUGCUUUGCUGAGCCCUCUGGAUGCAGAAAAUCUAUUGAGACAGCAUAAUAUGUCUCUUCCUUUUGCUUUCUGGAGUUCAGUCUUCACUGUAAUGCUUCAAAUUGUGGUCAAGUACUCAGAAGAAACAAUUCGAACUGAUGCAUUAUCCGUAAUGAUUCUCAUUUUAAGAACAACAGAUCCCAAAGAGGAACGCCACAGAUUCGGAUUUACUUCUGUAAUGACAAGAUUGCAUCUGCUAUUGCAGAAAGAAAACGGAUUGCUUGUAAAGAAGCAUUCUGUGCGUCUACUUUUCUUGCUUUUGAAUUGUCCAGUGAUGUUGAAAUUGCUGUGUAGUGGAGGCAAAGAUGGCUCUGAACAGAUGGAAUCAGAAGGAUGUAAAAAUGAUAGGUUGAAGUUGCUGUGUAGUGGAGGCAAAGAUGGUUCUGAACAGAUGGAGUCAGAAGGGCGUGAAAAUGAUAGAUCACAAGUCAUAAGCUCAGUUCUAGUGGAUUUGUCUGAGUGUUUGUCUUGUGAGGCAACUUGUUCUCUGGAAAUUGAGCUUUGCCGGCUUGUUAUCGUUCUGUUAGCGUAUAUAGCUUCCAGCGGCAAAUUGGGAUAUGAAAUGCUCAUAGGUCCAGUGAGUGCCCGUGGUGCCAGUUUCUUGGAGCUGAUAAUGCAAGUCCUUGCAUCGCAAAUGCAAUAUGAAACACAGGAGUUGCUGAAAGAAAGGUGUCUGCUGAUGAGAGAGGCUCUUAUCCUUCUGAAUCGGCUGGCAUCACAUGCAAACUUUUCAAAACCAACUUUGGAGGUGCUGACGAGCAGUAAGCUUUGUGCAACCUUGACAAUCGAUGUCGCAAACCGGUUACCCCAGACCCGGAUGGGAAAUGAUCUUGCUGAGUUGGCCCAGAAGUUCAGGUCGCGAGUGUAUGCUUUCCUGGAGGAGAAACCCUUGGCAAUUGAUGGUCCCAAUCCAGGAGCAGCGAAAUUCAUCAGUUGACUGCUCCAUCCCCAGGUAGCUGGGAGAUAGUAACACGGAAAGCAAGGUGUUUGGGGUUUAUUGCUAGCUGGUCGAGAAGUUUAGUUUAUUUUUUUUUGUUACUAACCCUAGGAUCUAUUUCCGGGUUGGGUUGAGUUGGAUUGGCUUGGCUGGGGCGAGUAGAUAGCUUUUGGCUGGUGGUGUACAGACCUCGCCAUUUUGGGGUUGAGAAUGUAAUAGUACUACGGCACGGCAAAUGCCCAGUUCUGGACAUCAUACGGCAUUGGCCACUGCAGUGUUAACGAAAUUUUCCACGUUUCUCUCCGCC